AUGUAUCGUUCACUCUACUCAGUUAUGAAUCACAUUUACGUUUUCUACAAAAAGGAUUUGGAAGCCAUUGGCAUGGAUGAAAAUUCCCAAAUAACCAUUAUUUACGAAAUACAUCGACCUAUCAAUGAUAACUUGACACCAUUUUUCGAUUUAUUCAACUACAAAGAUGGCGAGGUUACACCAAGGAGAGGGAGACCAAGAAGAACGAGUGCAACACCUAGACGGACCCCAUAUAAUAGAGAUCGAUUACGAAAUUUUCAACGAAAUCAGCGGGAUAUUAGUGCAUCCGGAUCAAGUCCAACUGACGCACUUUGUAUUGGCAUUGCCCAUCAUCAAAAUAUUUCAGAUUCUUUAACUUCAAAUUUAGAAUCUGCUUAUUUAGUUUGUGGUCAUUGUAAAGCUAAAGUUUUUGAACAUGAGAAACAGCGUGGGGACUCUUUCAGUAUCUGUUGUCAGAAAGGGAAAAUUAUGCUCCCAACUCCACAAUAUCCUGAUUUAUUCAAGGCCCUUCUAACAAAACAGCAUCCACAAUCUGAUCAUUUCGUGAAGCUUAUUCGUCAAUAUAAUUGUGCAUUUUCUUUUGUCACUUUUGGUGCCAAAAUUAAUGUUCCACAAGGUCAUGGUAAUUAUUUUUUCAAGAUUUGUGGCAAUAUUUAUCAUUAUAUCAAUCCAUUAGACUCAACAGCUAUUGGUGGGCAGCUCUAUCUUUUAGAACAAAGUGAAGCAAAUAGAAUCCGUUUAUUACACAACGCCAAUCUAUCUUUAAAUCCCUCUUUGAUGCAUGAUAUUGCAAACUACUUACAAACUAAUAAUCCUUACGCUAUUAGUUAUAAAAAUAUGCGCCAGAUUCAGUUAGAAGAGCAGAUAUUAGCCAGAAGAAAUCGAAGACGAGCAAUUGAGUAUGGGUUACAGUUUUUUAAUGAUCCAGUUAAUAGUGCUAACAGAGGCAAUGUCCCUUUAGUCUCAGAAAUCGCCGCUGUGUUCGAAACUGAAGAUGGUGCUCCUCCAUCCAACAUCAGCGUCAGAGUGUAUCCAAGACAAACAAAUUUUUCCAAUACAAUUUCAUAUGUAAGUCCACAUUUGGAUCCAAUGGCCUAUCCUAUUCUUUUCCCUAAUGGUGAACAGGGUUGGAGAUGUGGUUUACCUCAUCAAAGUGAAUUCGCUACUGCUGUGCUCAAAACGAUAUCUGUCAGACAGUUUUAUUGCUAUAGAUUAUUCGACAGACAGGAUGCAUUCAAUCCUGUAAUCCACGCAGGGAAACUGACACAGCAAUAUAUUGUUGAACUAUACACUAGAGUUGAAUCUGCGCGAUUGAAAUGGAUUCGAGAUAACCAAAGCAAACUUCGAACUGAUACUUAUGCUGGACUACUUGAUGUCCUGAAUUCAAGAUCAGAGACUGACGGGAUAAGAGCAGGAAAAUUGGUUAUUUUGCCAAGUUCUUUUUCGGGUAGUCCUAGAAACAUGCAAUUAAAAUAUCAGGAUGCAAUGGCGGUUGUUCGUCAUUGUGGGAAACCGGAUUACUUUAUUACGAUGACAUGUAAUCCGAAAUGGACAGAGAUACUCGAAUCACGUUCUCCAUUUGAUGAAAUUGCAAACAGAGCAGACAUUGUAGUUAGAGUUUUUGAAGGUAAAAUUCAACAACUUAAAGAAUUAUUAGUGACUCAAAAAAUAUUUGGUUCUGUUAUCAGUCUUAUUUAUGUUAUCGAGUUUCAAAAGAGAGGUUUACCUCAUGCACACAUAUUAUUGAAAGUUUCUGACGAGUACAAGCCUAGAGACUCAGAUAUUAUUGAUAAAGUUGUUUCAGCUGAGAUUCCAUCGCAAGCGGAUGAUCCAAUAUUGCACUCAUUAGUUACUAAACAUAUGAUUCAUGGUCCGUGUGGACAACAUAAUCCCAACAGUCCAUGCAUGCUUAACGGUAACUGUUCAAAAGGGUUUCCAAAACCUUUCCAGUCAGAAACAAUUCUGAAUGAAAACGGCUACCAUGUUUAUCAAAGAAGAGAUAAUGGUAUUACAAUAUCUUUGAGAAAUGGAAGUGUAACUGUUGAUAAUUCUUUUGUCGUUCCAUACAAUAAGUUUCUAUUGAAAUAUUUCCAAUGCCACAUAAAUGUGGAGAUUUGUUCCACAGUAAAAGCUGUCAAGUAUCUUCAUAAGUAUUUAUACAAAGGCUACGAUCUCGCCAGUUUGAAAGUGGUUGAGAGACGAGAUGGAGAGGAGCUAGACUACGACGAAGUAACGCAUUAUAUAAAUAGCAGAUAUGUUGGUCCAACUGAGGCUGCUCAUAGACUAUUUUCCUUUCCCAUGCAUUAUAAUUCACAUCCUGUUGAAAAUCUACCUGUACAUCUCCCAUCUCAAAACUUCGUUCAAUUUAAUGAGAAUAAUGCACUAGCAGCAGCCGCAGCUUUAGCUCUUAAGCACACCAAAUUAACAGCUUGGUUUGAGUUUAACAAAAGUUCAAGUCAUUUUCACCUUUAUCAUGAAAUGCCAUUGCAUUGUUGUUUCAAAAAAAAUACAACAACAUGGACGCCUCGAUUGAACAAAAGUAAUACCAUCGGAAGAUUACAGAUUGUAUCACCGAGACAACCAGAAAGAUUCGCGUUGCGCUUGCUAUUAUUGAGAAUUUCAGACGCUAAAUGUUUUGAAGAUUUAAGAAAAUACAACGGAAUUAUUUACUCAACUUUCACUGAAGCGGCAAGAGCUAGAGGUUUAAUAGAAGAUGACAGUGAAUGGGAUGCUUGCUUGACAGAACUUUCUCAAUUUGCAUUUCCAUCUCAUAUUCGAGAAACUUUUGCUUACAUCCUUAUAUUUGCAUGUCCAGCAAAUGCUAUGCCUCUAUUUGAAAAGUUCAAAAAUAGCCUUUCUGAGGACUAUCUUCGUGAUUUUCCGCAAGACAUAGCUUACCGAAAAACUCUUGAAGACCUGCAACAGAUAUUGGAUGUUCACAAAAAGAAACUCUCAGAUUAUGGCUUUGAUAAUGUAAUUGUUAAUCCUCCUUUGUAUCCUACUAUAAGUGAUAAUCAAAUAGCAGACUGUCAUCAAUGCUUUCAAUCUGAUUAUUCACGGGCAAAUUCAGAACAAAAGUUCAUACUUGAUCGAAUAAGAAAUGCAGUCAAUGAUCCAUUCACAUGUGAAAAUGUAUUUUUCAUUUAUGGCCCUGGAGGUACUGGAAAAACAUAUAUUUACAAUUGCUUAAUUAAUUGGUUGAUUGGUGAAAAUCGUGUAGUAAUACCAGUAGCUUGGACUGGAAUGGCUGCUAUACUUUUAAAGAAUGGAAGAACUGCACAUAAUCGCUUUGGUUUACCUUUAGAGUUUAACGAAUGUUCAGUUUCAUCAAUUGUAGCACAGAGUCCUGAAGCUGAAUUAUUGAAAAAAACAUCUUUGUUCAUUUGGGAUGAAGCAUCAAUGAUCCCAAAUCAUGCGUUACGAGUAGUCAAUACACUUCUUCAGGAUAUAAUGCGAAUCAAUUUACCUUUUGGUGGCAAAAUAUUUGUAUUUGGUGGUGAUUUUCGUCAAAUAUUACCAGUUGUAAGUUAUGGAGGGAGAAAAGAAACAGUUAAUAAUUGUAUUAAGCGUUCACCACUGUGGCAACAUUUCAGCGUUUUGCGUUUGAGAACAAACAUGAGAGCUAAUUCCGCCUCUGAUGAUUUCAAGAAGUUUUUAUUACGAAUAGGAGAAGGAACUUACCCCAGCCAACCUUUAACGAAUAUUAUUUCUCUACCUCGAUCAUACAUACUUGGUUCUGAAGAAGAUAUUGUUUCUAAAAUUUUCGGGCAAAACAGUAACCAACUAACGGCCAAUUAUCGCGCAUUUGCCAAAUCUGCUAUUCUUUGCCCAAAAAAUAUUCAUUGCGACGAGAUAAAUGAUAGAAUUAUCAAUAUAAUUGAUGGAUCUGAAAGAAUAUAUUUGUCAGUAAAUUCAAUUGUAGAUGAUGAAACAGAAAUAUCAUCACAAUAUCCAAUGGAAUUUUUAGAUGCACAAAACUUUGCAGGUCUUCCUCCACAUUCAUUAAGACUUAAAAUAGGUGCGAUUGUGAUGUUGCUAAGAAAUUUGAAUUUAAAAGUAGGACUCACUAAUGGGGUAAGAAUGUGUGUAAAAGCAAUGUAUGACAAUGCACUUAAAUUAGAAGUUAUAACUGGAACUGAUACAGGCUCUAUUGUCUAUCUCCCGAGAAUCGAUUUGACACCAUCUGAUACUAAAUUACCGUUCAGGAUGAAACGUAGACAAUUUCCCAUCAAGCUAGCCUUUGCGAUCACUAUAAAUAAAUCACAAGGCCAAACGCUUGAUAAAGUUGGGUUAUAUUUACCGGAACCUGUUUUCUCCCAUGGCCAACUUUAUGUUGCGUUAUCACGCGUGUCACUAGGAUCAAAUCUAUUCAUACAACUACCAAACAGAGGAAAUGAUUUACCCGUUUCAAACAAAACAGUAAACAUUGUUUAUAAAGAAGUUUUGUAA